UGUGGCGGUCCUUCCAGCGGCCGUCGGGUCUGUUUUCCCGGUCAGGGGCUCCGGCGCCGAAGCGCCGGGUCGGAGCUGAGGGGACUGACGAGGAGGCGUGGGAGGAGGCACCGUCCCCGCGGCCCAGGCGGCUCUGAGGCUCGGCGACGCCGCCCGGGGCCCCGCACCAGGCCCGAGCCAGGGAGCGCCGCGCCCGGCGCCUCGUCUCCCGCCGCUCCCGGCCCCGCGCCGCCCCCGAGGCCGAUGGCGGCGGCCGCGCGGAGGGAGCCGGCUCAGGAGUGGAGGGAAGGCCAGAGCCUAUGGAGCACCGCCAUGUCACGUCCCUCUAAGACCUGCCUCUCCCCAGGUUUCCAUGGCUGCGGGAGUGCUUUUGGAACCUAUACGGGCUAUCAUUGGAAAGAGGUGUGGAAGCUUAUCACAAGAACAGGAGUCAGUAUGUGGAACUGCUUGGAGGUGAAGCUGAGCUGGUUCAGGGAAGGCCAGGUCUCCUUUCUGGGAAGUGUAACCUUUGAGGACGUGGCCCUAUAUUUCUCCUGGGAGGAAUGGGAUCUCCUUGAUGAGGCUCAGAGACGCCUGUACCACGAUGUGAUGAUGGAGAACUUGGCACUUACAUCCUCUCUGGGAUUUGGAUCCUCCAGGCCCCAUGCAGUUGCUCAGCUGGGGAUAGAGGAAGACUCCUCUGUGCUUCACGGGAUGGACAUGACUCCAGUCUCAGCAAGAUGGGCUCACAGGGGGCGUGACCCAGGUUGUUGUGUAGUGGAAGAUGGAGAUGCACCUUCUGAACAGAGCCUUUCUGUACAAGGAGAGUCACAGGUCGGGACUCUUUGGGCAGGUUCAUCUCCCCAGAAUUCCCAGCCCUUUGAGAUGGGUGGCCUGAUCUUGAGAAACGUUUUGCCCUUGGCUGAGCACCAGGGAACAUAUCUUGGGCAGGAAACAUACACAUGUCAGAAACAAUUCUAUCUCACUGCCAACCUUCAACAGGGGCAGCACAUUAUAGAGAAACCCUUCAGAAGUUAUGUGGACAGAGCCUCGUUUAUGAAGGACUGCACAGUCCCUGCAUCAGGGAAGUCCCUUACAUGUGAGGAGAUUGGGAAGGACUUUUUAGCCAGCAUGGAAUUUAUCCGUCAGUAUCUCAUUCACACUGGGGAGAAGCCAAACAGUAGUGAGUGUGAGGCUGUGUUUCGCAGUGGAAAAAGUCAUCACAACUGGGGAGAAUGCAAGACAGCCUUCAGCUGCACGGACACACUUGUUCGGGACCAAAGAGUCCUUGCUGGAGACGGGCUUUAUGAGUGCGGCAAAUGUGGAAAAGCCUGUACCCGAAGAUGUAACCUCAUUCAGCACCAGAAAGUUCACAGUGGGGAAAGACCGUAUGAGUGCAGUGAAUGUGGAAAAUUCUUUACUUACUACUCCAGCUUCAUUAUACAUCGGAGAGUUCACACUGGAGAAAGGCCUUAUGAGUGUAGUGAAUGUGGGAAAUCUUUUAGCCAAAGCUACAGCCUCAAUAGCCAUAGGAAAGUUCACACUGGAGAAAAGCCUUAUGCAUGCAGGGAAUGUGGAAAAUCAUUUAGCCAAAGGUCCAACCUCAUUCAACAUCAGAGAGUUCACACUGGAGAAAGGCCUUAUGAGUGCAGCGAAUGUGGAAAAUCCUUUAGCCAAAACUUUAGCCUCAUUUACCACCGGAGAGUUCACACUGGUGAAAGGCCUCAUCAUUGCAAUGAAUGUGGGAAAUCCUUUAGUCGAAGCUCCAGCCUCAUUCACCACAGGAGACUACAUACUGGAGAAAGACCUUAUGAGUGCAGUAAAUGUGGGAAAUCCUUUAAGCAAAGCUCUAGCUUCAGUUCACAUCGGAAAGUCCAUACGGGAGAAAGGCCUUAUGAGUGUGAAGAAUGUGGCAAAUCUUUUAGCCAUAGCUCUAACCUCAAGAACCACUGGAGGGUUCACACUGGAGAAAGACCUAUUGAGUGCAGUGAAUGUGGGAAAUCUUUUAGCUGCAAAUCUAACCUUGUUAAACACCUGAGAGUUCACACUGGUGAAAGGCCUUAUGAGUGUCAGGAAUGUGGAAAAUCCUUUAGCCAAAGCUCCAGCCUCAUUCAACACCAGAGAGUUCACACUGGAAAAAGGCCCUAUGAAUGCAGUGAAUGUGGGAAAUCCUAUAGCUGCAAAUCUGACCUCAUUCAACACCAGAGACUUCAUGCUGGAGAAAAGCCUUAGAUGUAGAGGACGUGCAAUUUCCUUUUAGUAUAAUUACACUGGAAGAGAGAACUUAGGAGGGUGCCAUUUACCUUAAUUAAAGCCAGUACAUCUGAAAAUCCACAGCGGGCAGAUUCUCCUUAAGUUCCAGUUAUGUGGGAAUCUUUAAAGAGCUGUGUUAGACUUUCUAACCUGCCCAGGGCCCUUGCCAGAUUUAUGUCACUGCCAGUUUCUUGACAGAAUUCAUUCCACCUCUGCCACCUGGCAGGUCCACACAGUGUGCAUUGGGUACCACACCAGUAUGUUCGGGGAAGCUGGCCUCUAUCCCCUCCUAAUUUGUUGGAGGAAAUGCUGAAUUCUGCUGGUGACUUGUUGGAGUUUAUAUUUUCAAGAACAUGUCUGUUUCAUGUGACACUUCUAUUGGGUUUUCCCAACCUCUAAGUCACCAACCUGGGUGUUGCCUGACUCUUACUGCUUUGUUUUUUGCAAUAAUAAAGGCAUUGUUUAAGCCACCUUUCA